AUGCCAGUAUCCGACGAAACGCUGAGGCGCAUAGUGGCCGAAUACGGCGGGUUCGAGUUGUCCGACGCCGAAUUGGCGCUGAUCAAACCGGAGUUGGAGAGCUACCUGUCCGAACUCCAGAACCUGCGCGAUCUCGACCUGUCCGAUGUCCCGUCCGCGCGGCUCCUCCGGGCCGCGGAAGGAGCGGAAGCUGAUGCCUGA